GUGAGGGGGAGAUUAGUUGAGUUUGUAGUUUUUGAUAGAAAUUGGCCGAGUCAGUGUCACUGUGGGCAGGGCAAGCGUUCUGCGGUGCCUCCCACUGGGGGGGAGAACAGUGCUGAAUAAAUCUGCUGAGUGUAGAGCGGAGUGGGGAGUGAGUAGGGAUGAUAAGAGGGAGUGGAGGCUGCUGUAGUCGGAGAGCCAUGAGCAAAGUGUAGUGCAAAGUUUUGUGCUACCUUCGCCUCUUCUGUUUCUAAAACAAUAACCCUCUCUCCCCUUUUCACCGUUUCCGAGCGCGGAUCGUGAUCUCCAAGCAUCGACUCGAUCCUUCUGCAGGGCCACAAGAAUGUCAGUGACUGUGCACGAGAACCGAAAGUCUCGCUCCAGCUCGGGCUCGAUGAACAUCCAACUGUUCCACAAACCCUCCCACGCGGACAGCCUCCUGACCCACCUCAACCUCCUCCGCAAGCGGCAGCUCUUCACGGACGUGACCCUCUGCGCCGGCGACCGUGCCUUCCACUGCCACCGGGUGGUCCUGGCCUCGUGCAGCCGCUACUUCGAGGCCAUGUUCGCGGGCGGCAUGAGGGAAAGCCGCGCCGACGAGGUGAACUUCCACGACUCGCUGCACCCGGAGGUGCUGGAGCUGCUCCUGGACUACGCCUACACCUCACGGGUCCUCAUCAACGAGGAGAACGCAGAGUCCCUGCUGGAGGCCAGCGACAUGCUGCAGUUCCACGACAUCCGCGAGGCGUCGGCCGAGUUCUUGGAGAAGAACCUUCACCCCAUGAACUGCCUGGGCAUGAUGCUGCUGUCCGACGCCCACCAGUGUGAGCAGCUCUUCGAGCUCUCCUGGCAGACCUGCCUAACCUACUUCGCUGCGCUCUACCAGACCGAGGACUUCCUCAGCCUGCCCAAGGACAAGCUGCUGGAGCUGAUCCUCAGCGAGGAGCUGGAGGUGGAAGACGAGAGCCUGGUCUACGAGGCGGUGCUGGGCUGGGUGAAGCACGACCUGCGCAGGAGGCGCGACCACCUGCCCGAGCUGCUGAGCUGUGUGCGCCUGGCCCUGCUUCCCGAGUCCUACCUGUACCAGAGCGUGCUGGGCGAGGAGCUGGUGGCCGGCCACCAGCUGGGCCGUGGGGUGGUGGAGGAGGCCAUCUCCUGCAAGCUGCGGAUCCUCCAGAACGACGGCGUGAUCACGCUGCUGUGCGCCCGGCCCCGCAAGGUCAACCAUGAUAUCCUGCUGCUGGGCGGUCAGACCUUCGCCUGCGACAAGAUCUACGCCAUCGACCAGAAAACCAAGGCCGUGACUCCCAAGGCCGACAUCCCCAGCCCGCGCAAGGAGUGCAGCGCCUGCGCCAUUGGGUGCAAGGUCUACGUGACUGGUGGCAGGGGCUCGGAGAACGGCGUGUCCCGGGACGUGUGGGUCUACGACACGCUGCACGAUGAGUGGGCCAAGGCAGCGCCCAUGCUGCUGGCCCGGUACGGCCAUGGCUCAGCGGAGCUGGAGCAGUGCCUGUACGCCGUGGGCGGGCACACAGCGGUCAGUGCCACACUGCCCGCCUCUCCCUCUGUCUCCGUCAAGCAGGUGGAGCAGUUCGACCCCCAGGCCAACAAGUGGAGCCUGGUGGCGCCCCUCCGCGAGGGGGUCAGCAACGCCGCCGUGGUGGGCGCCAAGCUCAAGCUCUUCGUCUUCGGUGGCACCAGCGUGAACCGGGAGAAGCUGCCCCGCGUCCAGUGCUUCAUGCCAGGGGAGAACCGCUGGACGGUGCCCGCCAAGUGCCCGCAGCCCUGGCGCUACACCUCAGCGGCAGUGGUGGGCGACCACAUCAUCGUCAUCGGCGGCGACACUGAGAUCUCGGCCAACUCCGCUUACCGCUUCAACACCGACACCUACCAGUGGUCCAAGUUCGGCGACGUGGCAGCCCGGAGGGUCAGCUGCCACUCGGUGGCCUCCGGCAACCGGCUCUAUGUUGUCGGGGGCUACUUUGGUGACCAACGGUGCAAGACCCUGGACUGUUACGAUGCAUCGACUGACACCUGGAGUAACAUCAGCACGGUGCCGUAUUCGCUCAUCCCCACCGCCUUUGUCAGCACUUGGAAGUACCUCUCGGUUUAAGGCCUCCUGUCAAACACUGCGGCCUUCAGGAGUGAAGGACCGUGUGGUGCUGUUGGAGAGUUUUUGUGAAGAGCUGCAUUGGUGCGUUUACCAGCCUUUCCUCCGUUACUUGAAGCAGUGGAGUGCGAGGAAGGAUUGAACCAGGACAUCCAGUUGAGGACUGGUACACGGACAGCAAGUCGUAACCAAGAGUUUGGAGCUUCCAGAGAGUUCUUUAGUUGGCCAUCUCUGUCACGUGCUCGUCCAGUCAUUAAGACAAAGCAUUUGCUAAAAUGGUUGGUGGUUGUGGUAACCGUGACCGAUGGAUGGCCGCUAGUUUAUGGUGCCAUCCCAAUAGUGGGGGUUGGCCUUUGACUUUCACCUCUGCACAGAGGCAGUGUGUGCGGGUAGAUGGGGAAUCCUGCAGCACAGAUGAAUGAGUGUUCUUCCUCUAACCACCCUCCCUCCUGUCUAUCGGGGUAGGUUUACAGCAAUUCAAGGAAGUGACUUGCCACAAUUUGCUGAAGACUAGUGUUGGAGAACUGUUGGACAAGCCAGCAAAACACCUCCCAGGUGCUAAUGUUUUAAACACAGGAACUGUGAACUGUAGUCUUGUUUCUCUUCAGAAAUAGUACAUGCCAUUUUGGAUACUAAUUUGUGAUGUGCCUGUUGCCUGUAUCUCACUUUUUUUUUACAUCUAGGACUCUGAGAGAUCCAUUUGAAUACAACCUAAUUAAUCAAGCAAGGGUAUUCUUGAUCUGUGUGGGGUGUCUCCAUUGCCCAUAACUAUGUUGUUUUGCACCUGUUUUUUUUUAAUGCCCUUACAGACUUUUUGGUACUGUUUUUAUAUUGGGAGAGUUUUAAAUCUUUGAGGAGGUGAUUACAAUGGGGGGAACAGUAAAUAAAAGUCCAAUAUGCUUUGUUUGUAAAUCAGCCAAGUUAGCAGAGAUGCAUCUCAACAUCAGGAACAUUGUUCCCAGAGUUUCCCACUCCGCCUACAGUUCUGUACCCUAAUUCUGGGCAGAGUUUGGAGAGCAUGAAGUGACUGAAGUACCCUGUAUCAAGAAACCAUUGGGAUGACCUCAUGGAGCCAUAGUGGACUUCAGUACAAAAACAGGCCCUUUGUCCCAUCUAGCCUGUACCAAACUGUCCUACCUCAUCCCAUCAACCCACACCUGGGCUAUAGCCUUCCUCAUCCCUCAUCCAUGUUCCUACACAAACCCCUCUUAAAUGUUGCAGUGGUACCCAAUCCACUUCUGGGAGUUCAUUCCAUACUUCUGAGUGAAGAAUUCCCCCUUCAGGUUUCUCCUGAUAUUUCCCAUUUCACCCCUUGACCUAUGACAUCUAGUUUGAGUUUCAGCCAACCUCAGCGGGGAACGCCUUGCAUUUACAAAAUUAGGAUUGGGUAUACCUCUGCUAUACAUCUCCUCGUUCUCUCAUUUGAAGAUUUUUGUUUUAAACACCCCCACCCCGACUGCCCCCACUCCAUCAGGAUGAGUUGGCUCGGCCUGUGAAGCCCACACCUUUCUGAAUAAAUUAAAAUGCACGUUGGAUGGCAGAUUCGGUGAAGGCUUCUACCACAUGUUGCUGGAUCAAGUGGCCCAGGUGACGAACCACACAGGGUGGCCCCUGUAAUUCGGGAGGGCACAGGUAUUGGUUGCCGUAGAGACUGCCACACUUGGGCUGUGAGCUGAAAACCUAUCUCCAGCAGCAGGGAAUGUUUGAAUGCUUCAUCUGCCAGGGUGGAGCAGUAUUUAUUUUUGUUUUUGUUUUUAAAAAAAAAAUUAUAGAUGAAGGAAACAAUUUGUGCUCUUGGACUGUAAAUGUUUUCUAACAAUGUAGGGAAUUUUUAUUGAGAAUUCUUCUGGUCCUCGUCCGACCUGCACAGCCGUCUAUUGGUGUUUAAUCUGCUUCUGAGACUUGUGUUUGAGUUUGUACAUGUCUUAACACUGUGUGUCACUUUAGUUUUGAUCUUUACAGCCUGGUGCUGCAUUGAAGAUUUCAAUAAAUGGUCUUUGA